AUGUUUACCACCAAACUCCUCUCUCUUCUUCUUCUCUUGUCAUUCUUCUCACUCUCCACACAUGCCGCCAAUUCAAGCGAACUCGAAAUUCUCCUAAACAUAAAAUCCUCAUUUUCAAACUCCAACUCCAAACCCUUGUUCAACUCAUGGAAUCCCAACAAUUCCAUUUGCAGUUUCUAUGGAAUCACCUGCAACUCAGUCAACUCCGUCGCAGAAAUAAACCUCUCCCACAGAAACCUCACCGGAACUCUCCCUCUACACUCCCUCUGCAACCUUCCCUCCCUCACCAAACUCGUCUUCAGCUUCAACCUUCUUCAUGGCAGACUCAAUCAAACCCUUCUAAACUGCGUCAAACUAGAGUUCUUAGAUUUAGGAAACAACUUCUUCAACGGAGCUUUCCCAGAUAUUUCACCUCUCAAUAAACUUCAAUAUCUUUACGUUAACAAAAGUGGUUUCUCUGGAACUUUUCCUUGGCAAUCUCUGUUAAACAUGACGGGUCUGUUACAGUUAAGCGUGGGAGAUAACGCGUUCGAUCUAACGCCGUUUCCUAAAGAAGUCUUAACUCUCAAGAAACUUAACUGGCUUUACAUGAGUAACUGUAACAUAGGAGGAAAUUUACCGGUUGGAAUCGGUAACUUGACGGAGUUAACCGAGUUAGAAUUCUCUGAUAAUUUCAUCACGGGGGAGCUUCCUGGAGAUAUAGUCAAUCUUCGAAAACUCUGGCAGCUUGAAUUCUACAAUAAUUCAUUAUCCGGAGAGCUUCCGGUCGGGUUGAGAAACUUAACCCAACUCAUAAACUUCGAUGGAUCAAUGAAUCAGUUAGAAGGAAAUCUCUCCGAGAUAAGAUUCUUAACUAAUCUUGUUUCACUUCAAUUCUUUGAAAACAAAUUCUCCGGCGAGAUUCCGGCAGAGUUAGGCGAGUUCAAACGUCUUAACGCUCUGUCACUUUAUAGAAACAGAUUAACAGGUCCGAUUCCUCAGAAUAUCGGUUCGUGGACAAAGUUUAGAUACAUAGACGUUUCGGAGAAUUUCUUGACAGGUUCUAUUCCUCCGGAUAUGUGUAGCAAAGGAAACAUGACAGAGCUUCUUUUGCUUCAGAAUAAUCUCACCGGAGAGAUACCGCAAACAUACGGUAACUGUUUAACUUUGAAACGAUUCAGAGUGAGUCGAAACUCUCUUUCUGGUAUUGUUCCUUCGAGUAUCUGGGGAUUACCUAAAGUUGAAAUUAUUGAUAUUGAAAUGAAUCAGUUAGAAGGUUCUGUAAGUUCUGAUAUCCAGAAUGCAAAAAAAUUGACAAGUAUUUUCGCAAGGAGUAAUCGGUUAUCCGGUGAAAUACCGGAAGAGAUUGUGAAAGCGACUUCGUUGGUGACAAUUGAUCUUAGCGAGAAUCAAAUUUCAAGGAACAUUCCAGAAGGAAUUGGUGAGCUUAAGCAGCUUGGGAACCUUCAUCUGCAAGGUAACAAGUUAUCCGGGAUAAUUCCAGAAUCUUUGGGUAGUUGUAACUCUUUAAAUGAUGUUGAUCUAUCGCGAAAUUUACUUUCGGACGAAAUUCCUUCGUCGUUGGGUCUGUUACCGGCUUUGAAUUCAUUGAAUUUCUCUAGCAAUGAACUUUCCGGUGAGAUACCGGAGAGGUUAGGUUCGCUUAAGUUGAGUCUCUUUGAUCUUUCGCAUAAUAGAUUAUCCGGUGAAAUUCCACAGGGUUUGACAAUUCAGGCCUACAAUGGAAGUCUCGCCGGAAACCCGGGUUUAUGCACUCUCGAUGGUAUUGGUUCCUUCCGGCGUUGCUCAGAGAGUGGUGGAAUAUCGAAAGACGUUCGUGCUCUUGUACUUUGUUUUACAAUAGGUUUGGUUUUGGUUCUUUCUUUUGUGGGUGUUUAUCUGAAAUUGAGGAGAAUGAAGGAAAAAGAGAUGAAAGGAGAGGGAAGAAAAUAUGGAAGGGAACGUUCUUUGAAGGAAGAAUCGUGGGAUGUGAAAUCCUUCCAUGUGAUGAGUUUCAGUGAAGAUGAGAUUCUUGAUUCUAUAAAGCAAGAGAAUCUAAUAGGAAAAGGAGGUUCAGGGAAUGUUUAUAGAGUCACACUCGCAAAUGGAAAAGAACUCGCGGUUAAGCAUAUAUGGAACACUGAUUUCAGUUCUAGGAAAAAGUCAUGGAGUAGUACUCCGAUGCUGGCGAAGCGCGGAGGUGGUGGAGGUUCAAAGUCGAGGGAGUUCGACGCAGAGGUUCAGUCGUUGAGUUCGAUAAGGCACGUCAAUGUGGUGAAACUUUACUGCAGUAUAACGAGCGAGGACUCGAGUUUAUUGGUGUACGAGUAUUUGCCGAAUGGGAGUUUGUGGGAUAGGCUUCAUACUAAUGAGAAGAUGGAGCUUGAUUGGGAAACAAGAUAUGAAAUUGCUAUUGGUGCUGCUAAAGGGUUGGAGUAUUUGCAUCAUGGGUGUGAAAGGCCUGUGAUUCAUAGAGAUGUUAAGUCUAGUAACAUUUUGUUGGAUGAGUUUUUGAAACCUAGGAUUGCUGAUUUUGGUCUUGCUAAGAUUGUUCAUGCCAAUGUUGUUAAGGAUUCUACUCAUAUCAUCGCCGGAACUCACGGCUACAUCGCUCCCGAAUAUGGUUACACAUACAGAGUGAAUGAGAAAAGUGAUGUGUAUAGUUUCGGAGUCGUGUUGAUGGAGCUAGUAACUGGUAAAAGGCCAAGUGAGACAGAGUUCGGAGAAAACAAGGAUAUAGUUAGUUGGGUUCAUGGGAAGACAAGGAGUAAGGAAAAGUUUAUGAGUGUGGUGGAUUCGAGAAUUCCGGAGAUGUAUAAAGAGGAAGCUUGUAAGGUUUUGAGAACUGCAGUUCUUUGCACUGCAACUCUUCCUGCUUUGAGACCAAGUAUGAGAAGUGUGGUUCAACAGCUUGAGGAUGCUGCACCUUGUAAAUUGGUUGGAAUUGUUAUUGGCAAACAUGGAAGUGAAAAGAAAUUUGGAGUCAAUGACAAAUGA